ACAGAUGUUUGGUGCUCGGAUUCUCUGAGAUCUUUAAACAUCUUGAUGGAGCAAAACUAGAGAGAUUCUUACAACGUUUGUUCUUUAAUGCCUUCUCACUAUCACCAUGAGUGCUGCCGGUACCCCCAAAUCUCUGCCCUCAUCGGGUCAAAAAUCCAUCCAGGAGAUUGUUCAUCCGUUAUCAGCCGAGGAGGCUCCGCUCACACCCAGUCCAGAACCACCAGCCAACAACCCCAGCAACAGCAGCAUCAAGGACUUGAGUCUACCCAAUGGCAAUGCAGUGGACACCUCCAGUCCAGCCUCUUCUUCCUCCCUGCUAAAUCGCUUGCAGCUGGACGACGACCUGGAUGGAGAGAUGCGAGACCUUUUUGUGACUGUGGAUGAUCCGAAGAAACACGUGUCUGCCAUGGAGACGUACAUCACUUACAGAGUGUCCACUAAGACCACCAGAACAGAGUUUGACCUGCCUGAGUACUCAGUAAGGCGGCGCUACCAGGACUUUGACUGGCUGAGAAACAAGCUAGAGGACAGUCAGCCAACACACCUUAUUCCACCAUUACCUGAGAAGUUCGUCAUGAAGGGAGUGGUGGAUCGUUUCUCAGAGGAAUUUGUGGAGACAAGAAGGAAAGCUCUGGAUAAGUUCCUGAAACGGGUUGCUGACCACCCAGUCCUUUCUUUCAACGACCACUUUAAUGCUUUCUUGUCAGCCAAGGAUCUGAAUAAGAGACAAGGCCUGGCUCUGCUCUCCAAGAUGGGCGAGUCUGUGAAGUACGUGACUGGUGGCUACAAGCUAAGAGCAAGGCCAGUGGAGUUUGCUGCCAUGGGUGACUAUCUGGACAUGUUUACACAGAAGCUGGGUACAAUCGACAGAAUAGCACAAAGAAUCAUUAAGGAGCAGACAGAGUAUAUGGUGGAGAUUAGAGAGUAUGGGCCCCUGUACUCCGCAUGGGCCUCCUUUGAACAGGAGCUCCAGGAGCCACUGGACGGUGUCGCAGGUUAUGUAGCUAACUGCUGCAGUGGUCUGGAGGAACUUACUGAAGACAUGAGUGAUGACUUCUUACCUGUGCUGCGCGAGUACAUGCUCUACAUCGAAUCCAUGAAGAAUGUUUUGAAGAAAAGGGACCAAGUUCAAGCUGAAUACGAGGCCAAACUGGAGGCUGUAGCAUUUCGUGAGGACAAGAGGACUCCAGUGCCAACAGAUGUUGAGAAAUGCCAGGACCGGGUGGAGUGCUUUAAUGCUGACCUGAAGGCUGACUGGGAGCGCUGGCAGAAUAACAAGCGGCAGGACUUCAGGCAGCUGCUGACCGGCAUGGCAGACAAAAACAUCCAGUACUAUGAGAAGUGCCUUGCAGCUUGGGAGUCCCUCAUUCCACUAUUACAGGACAAACAGGAAUCCAAAUCGGAGACGAACUGAGUUUGUCUGUGUGGCCGGCUCUCUGGCUCAGCGUUUGCUGAUCCUGUUCGAGAUUGUAGCAGUGAGUCCUAACAGGAUUCGCUAUCAUCGGGAACUCGAUUAUCACGGAGGAGUGAGGGGUUGCACGAAGACCGCCGUCAGUUUAUUGCAUUCUGAUUCGUGAACUGUCUUUAGUUUGUGAGACCCGUCCAUGCACUCUUCUCCAUCCUUCAGGCCUGAAAGCGUAUGUUGUUUAGUGUUCCACCGAAGCACAGCGAACUGUGUCAGACCACAGAAUGAGCUGGAAUGCUUCACUGAAUUAGUGGUGCAGAGAGAAAAAGUCCAGUGAGCUUUACUUCUGCUCAUUUUUAAGUACACGGUGGCCAACAACCUUUUUGUGAAUUCCUCUUGUCGUGAGCAUGGCUCCUUUUAAAAUGGUGCUGCAUUGUCAUCGUCGUUGUUGUCUUGCCCUCUCAGACCAUGGAGAGAAGGGCCAGGGAGCGCCCACAUUCCUCUGACCAAAGUUUGGUUGAUUUUUCAUUUUUUUUAGUAACACUAUAGAUCAUGUUUUUGUAACACUAUCUUGUGUCAUGACAUGGCAUAAGAUUGUAGCCGCCUAAUUAUGUUCACAGUUUAUGUACUGCUUGCAGGAUAUGAAUGAAGGUUUUCUUUCCAGCCCUGCCCGACCUCUUUAAAUAUUCAUGUUCAAAUGCUUUUCAUAAUGCCUCUGGGUUGGCUUGAUAGGGCACGAAUUUACACACACUGUGGUUUUAAUGAAUUAACGUUUAAAUUAAAGGUUAUGUUCAGAUGAUGGCUGUUUGGAUUAUGAAAUGCAUGUAGAAGUUUGGGGUACUGGAGUACUUUUCUGUAAAUGAUCUGUACCAUUGAAGCAUUUGGGCAGCAGGAAUACUAGUAAUGCUCAAUGUACACAUCUGGAAUGUACACAUCUAUUUUGUUAUUUGUAAAAGCUUUAACGGAUUAAGAAUUAUUAUACUGUUGUUUCAUCAUUUAAACUACAAGUAUUUGUGGUUCUGUAAGUUAGGCAUCUAAGAAUGGCUUAGCAUGCUCCAACAAUACCCAGGAAAUCCACUAAUUUAUUUUUUCUUGGUGCUCAUUGAUUAAAACAAUGACUUUCAUAAUUUAAUGCACCUCAAAGAUACUGUUCUAUAAUGAAGGCUGGGUGGAACAGGAAUAUCUGCCACCCAUGUAAUUUCACCAAGGGUCAAAAUUCUUUAAAAUGUGAUUUUUUUUGGACCUAUGAAGUCUAUUAAAAGUGUUUCCUCUUAGUCAGUGACUAAUAAACACAAAUUUUAAUGUUAGAAUUGACAGGACUAUUAAUUUAACGUGAUCUCUGCUGCUUACUCUUAGCAUACAGAAUAAUCUAGACGUACAUUUACGAACUGAGAAAAGAUCCUAAAAUCUUUUUCACCAGAAACUCCCAUUUGUUUAAUUAGGUAAACAUUGUAAAUGUAUGGGGGUAGCACUGUCUCCUCACAGCAAGAAGGUCCUGGGUUUCCUCCGGGAGCUCCGGUUUCCUCCCACAGUCCAAAAACAUGCAGUCAGGUUAAUUGGAGACACUGAAUUGCCCUAUAGGUGAAAGGGUGUGUGUAUGUGUGGGUGUGUAUGUGUGUCUGCCCUGCGAUGGACUGGCGCCUCGUCCAGGGUGUUACUGUGUGCCUUGCGCCCAUUGAAAAGCUUGGAUAGGCUCCAGCACACCCCCACGACCCUAAUUGGAUAAGUGGUUAAGAAAGUGAGUGUAAAUGUAUGACAAAAUGUGGAUAAAAAAUACAACCACACAGCUAUAUACAGCCUCCUUUACAAUCUCUGACACCCCCUACCCUGUAAAAGAGGCAUUAUCAAUGCAUCUUUUUUGAUGAAUUUGCUUAAUAAUUAAAAAAAAGAAAAAUAAUUAAAUGAAUUUCUAAGGGUGCCAAUUUAACUGUGGUACAUGGGAUUUCGUUGGUAAGGGCUUUAUGUUUUCCUCUGUAUAAAUUUGUUUAAAUUAAGAGUAGGGUAUCUGGGUAUAAGCUAAUUUAUCAUAAUAUGUGCACAUGUAUGUAUGGGCAUAAUAUGUGAUUUGGGACACAGUCUGUGAUUUGAUAAGCUGUCUAAAAUAAUGAGGAACACUAUUACAGUUUUAAUAAAUUUUCCAGUAGUUGGAUUGGAGCAUCUUUCUGUUUUAAUUCAUUUAGCAUUUACUGUAGCCUAACAGCUUUGAUUAAUGCUAAAUUUCCAGUUUGGGCCAGAUCAUCUCCCUCAUGUUAAUAUAAUGGGGCUGUUUACACAGAGUCACUAUUCCGGGAUUGUUUAGCGGGCUACAGGUCAUCACUGUGAGAUUCUUUGUAAAACUGUAAGCUGCAGCGUCCUCAUCUCUGCUCAAUGUUGUCAGCAUUUUCUGAGGUGUGUAAAAGCUUUUAUGUAUUACUACUGGAUUUUAACUGUCCUCUUGGCUUGAAAGACAGCUUAAAAUCUUCCUCUGUUUUAAUAAACAAAGAAUAGUCCAUGAUUUUUGAAGCUUAAUUUAGGUGGCUCUCUGAAGAACGUCUGACUGAACGUAAACAGACAUGAGAUUGUAGAUUAUGUCUGCCUAUGUCUGAUUCUUAUGAAGAUACAUUCUUUUUCCUUAAGCAUAUUGCCCAAGUAGUAUUUGUUCCCAGUCAGACCUUUAGGACCUUGUUUAAGAAUAAUGGAAAAGGGUAUCAGAUCAGUGGCAGCAGUUCUAAAAUCACUGGACUGUUUUGUGGUGGUAAAGCAAGCUUUAUUCGUGGGCAGAUUUCUAUGUGAAUGGCAGUUUGUGUCUUUGUUCUCACUUAUCGUCCUGAGCUGUGGGGAAAAACAGAAGGAAUAAGGUUAUGGGUACAACUGGCAAAGUUUAUUCAUUAGCUAGGAAGCUCAGCCUUUAGGAAGAAUCUCAGAGGAGCAGAUGCCAGUUGUAAUGGUUUGUUAAUUAAAGUUGGGGUGGUGUGAUGCAGUACCGACAGUGAAUGGGCUGUUAAUGUCUCAAGAUCUAUAAAUACUUGCUUGUCUGCAGUGCUUAAUAAGCUUAUACUUCAGCAUGCUGCCAAAUAUCUCUUUUUUUUAUUUUGUCAAGGAACUUGUAUUUGUUUGUUUAUAUGCACAUUUGAUAAUGUAGAAUUUUGUUCAACUUAAAGGAAUUUUGACAGUAAAUUAAUGUUUUUAUAGAAAUGUUCAGCAAAUAACCAGUAGCAAACAGGACAUUCAUGUAAACUUAUCUUUUAUAUUUUGGUAACCGACAGCAGCUUUGACAAGUAGUCCUGUGAUAUAAAAGAUUACUCAACCCCUAAUCAGUCAGAAUCCAGAGGUGAACAAUUCAAUAGAAAAAACCUUAUAAUGCUAUUUAUUAAAUGAAACCGUAAGGUAAAAUGAACUGUAUUUUUGCUGACAGUUAAAAAUCUCUUACACUAAUAUCAUACCAGAUUUGAGCCUCAGGCAGGAGGAAUUACAUACCAUAGUACAAUAGUACAAUAGUACAAUACUGUUAUUUUACUGGGUGCUUUACUAAGUUUACCUUAAAUUUGAAUUUUCACACUUUGCAAACACAGCUACUAAGUAAAGCUACUAGUAUGUGCAUGUUAUUAAUUCUGGGCAACACGUUAUCACUGCUAAUUUUCAGUUAUAAUAGACAUCACAGGUUCAACCUUCCAUGCGUAUUGAAACCUUUGUGCAUAAACUUCUUUAUAAAUGUUGUGAGCCAUUCAUGUGAUAAUAUGGCAGCUACAUUGAAUAGCAUUGUAAAUGUUAAAUUUAUUUUAAUGAAGGACACAAGGGUGAAUUAGGUAACACACACCUUCAGUUGCAAGUGUGAACUCCGGGAUUACAUGGGUUUCUACAUAAAAUGGGAUCUGAUGUAAUUAAUUCAGAAAUCUAAGUAAUUCUGACCGCCUUAAGAACGGUUCGAGAACCUCUCUAAGUGUAUAUUUGCUAAACAAGUGGCAUUCUACCAAUUCAUUUGUAUUUUUUUAUUUUAUAAGCUUAUUUCCUUGAUAGAACCAGAGGGUGAUGUGCACCUACAGAGCAGCCAGUGAGGUGUUCAGUUGUACAUAAUAUUUGUCAUUUAACUUUUGUAAUGUUGAAUUAAAACAGCUUUGUAAAAACUGCAUUCUGUUUACAUGAUCAACCAGAGAUCUCCAGUCAGUGUGAGGUUGAAUGGGUGAGGUCGAAUAUGAUUAUAGCAGUACAUUUUUAAAGUCUGAUUUAUAGACCAAAAACCUUUUUACCCCUUAGUUAUGUCAUUAAUUCCCUUAGUGUGAAUUGUUUACUAUUGCAAUUAAUGUAAAUUUUGAUGGUGAAAUAUAUAUUAAUGUUUUCAUGGUAUAAUCUUUAAUGAAUAUAUUUGAAAUAUAAUUAAAAUGUGUAAAUACUG